ACCUUCCCAUUCCUCUGUUUUUCAUCACUCUCUGCAAUUUCACAUAAACCAUUAUUCUCUUCCUCUAACCUCCAAAACGGUGUCGUAUCAAUCACCACCAUUAUAACAAAAACACUAAACUUUUUUUUCUCUUAAUAUUAAUAUUAAAGGAAAAAAUAACUCUUCAAUGAAGUUAUUUCUUCUUUGCUUUCAUUUUUUCUUCAGUUUCACAUUUUCUCUCUCAUCCGAUGGUCUAGCACUUCUCUCUCUGAAAUCUGCUGUUGAUCAAUCCGGUGAUGGUGUUUUCUCCGAUUGGAACGGUGGAGAUUCCUAUCCCUGCGGUUGGUCGGGAAUCUCCUGUGCUAAUAUCUCUGGUGUACCGGAGCCACGUGUUGUUGGAAUCGCGCUUGCCGGAAAAUCUCUCCGUGGUUAUAUUCCGUCGGAGCUUGGUACGCUUCGGUAUCUUCGUCGUCUUAAUCUUCAUGAUAAUGAUUUCUAUGGUGUAGUUCCGGUUCAGCUGUUUAAUGCUACUGCAUUACAUAGUAUUUUUCUUCACCGGAAUAAUCUCUCCGGUCCGUUUCCGGCUUCCGUUUGUACUAUUCCACGUCUUCAGAAUCUUGACCUCUCUGACAAUUCGUUAUCCGGUAGCAUUCCUAAUGAUGUCAAGAAAUGUAAGCAGAUUCAAAGGCUUAUUUUAGCAAGGAACAAAUUCUCUGGCGAGAUUCCGGCCGGUGUAUGGUCGGAACUCGAUAAUAUCAUCCAACUUGACCUCUCCGCCAAUGAUUUCAAAGGUUCAAUCCCGGAAGAUAUUGGUGAACUUCAUACCCUCUCUGGUACACUGAACCUCUCGUUCAACCACCUCUCCGGUAGGAUUCCUAACUCACUCGGGAAAUUGUCGGCCACCGUGAACUUUGAUCUCCGAAACAACGACCUAAUUGGCGAGAUUCCCCAAACAGGAACAUUUUCAAACCAGGGUCCAACUGCAUUCCUCGGUAACAAAAACCUAUGUGGACUUCCACUUAGAAAAUCCUGCACAGGCUCAGACCGAGGAUCAGGUUCCAAUUCAUCUUCUCGCGAAGACGAGCCUCGUAACAGCUCGAAAGGGUUGAGCCCUGGUUUGAUUAUUUUGAUCUCAGCAGCCGAUGUUGCUGGGGUCGCUCUUGUUGGACUUGUGAUUGUGUAUGUUUAUUGGAAGAAAAAGGAUGAUGACAAUGUGUGUAGUUGCAUUGGGAAGAGAAGGUUUGAUAAUGAGGAUGAGAAUGGGAAAGAGAAUGCUUGUACUUUGCUUCCAUGUAUGAAUAAUUUGAAGAAUGAGGAAGACGGUGAUGAGGGUGAAGUUGAGGUAGAUGGAGGAGGGAAAGGGGAAGGUGAAUUGGUGACAAUUGAUAAAGGUUUUAGGAUUGAGCUUGAUGAGCUUCUGAAGGCAUCAGCAUAUGUGUUAGGGAAGAGUGCAUUGGGGAUUGUGUAUAAGGUGGUGCUUGGAAAUGGGAUGCCUGUGGCUGUGAGGAGAUUAGGGGAGGGUGGAGAAGAGAGGUAUAAGGAGUUUGUGGCUGAGGUGCAAGUCAUUGGGAAGGUGAAGCAUCCUAAUAUUGUUAGGUUGAGAGCUUAUUAUUGGGCUCAUGAUGAAAAGCUUCUCAUUAGUGAUUUCAUCUCCAAUGGAAAUUUGGGCAAUGCACUUCGAGGGAGAAAUGGUCAACCAUCUUCUAACCUUUCAUGGUCAACAAGGUUAAGAAUUGCUAAAGGAAUAGCAAGAGGCUUAUCCUAUCUUCAUGAAUUUAGUCCAAGGAAAUUUGUCCAUGGUGACAUAAAACCGACAAACAUCCUACUUGAUAAUGACUUACAACCCUACAUUUCUGAUUUCGGUCUUAACCGACUAAUCAGCAUCACAGGCAACAACCCUUCAACUGGUGGAUUCAUGGGUGGCGCUUUACCUUAUUACGUGAUGAAAUCGUCACACAAAGAAAACAAAACAAAUAAUAGGUUGUCAUUAGAUAAUGGUCGUGGUGGUAACAAUUACAAAGCCCCCGAGGCUCGUGUACCUGGUUGUAGACCAACACAAAAAUGGGAUGUAUAUUCAUUAGGUGUUGUUUUGCUUGAGUUGUUAACAGGGAAAUCUACAGAAUCUUCUCCCACAUCGGCGUCAUCAUCGGCUUCUGUUGAAGUUUCUGAUUUGGUAAGGUGGGUUAGAAAUGGUUUUGAUCAAGAAAGUCCAUUAUCUGAAAUGGUUGAUCCUUCAUUGUUACAAGAAGUUCGUGCUAAGAAAGAGGUGUUGGCUGUGUUUCAUGUUGCACUUGCUUGUACUGAAGGUGAUCCCGAGGUUAGGCCUAGAAUGAAAACUGUCUUCGAAAAUCUUGAAAAAAUCGGUAGGUAGUAUCUGAAUUGAACAUGUGCUUGCUCUAAUUAAGUGUAUGUUUGGCAAAAUCACGGUGUACCAUCGUCUUUGAGGCUUCAAUAAAAUUCCAGUACCUCUAUGAUUUUGUCAUACUCAUCGUCAAUCCAGAGAUGCGGUAGGGCUAUGCGGCUAGCUAUCUUGAUACAAAAGAAAAGAAGCUUCGAUCUCAACAGCAUUUUUGCGGCAAUUAACAAUCAGAAGAUUUUGUGCUAGGCAAAUAUAUGGGACUGCAAAAUGCAAAUCUUUUCUUUCUAUCUUUGGAUUAAUUUAGUCACUUGUGUUUUGUAAGUUGUGUAAAUUUUGGAGAGUUGUAAUUAUCUUUGUCUCAUUUAAUUCUACCCUCAUUUUAAUCUUGUUUAGUGAAA